AUGGACUUGAACUAAUUAGAAUGUUUACUCUAGUAAUUGACAGAAGCUAAAGAUUAAAUUAUAAAGACUGCUAAUUAUUGUUCAUUUUAUCCUGAGAGUGCUUAAUAAAUUGCUUCUAUGAUUGAAAAUGAAUUCACUUAAACAAGAAAAGAUAAGAAACGAAUAUUUUUAUUUUUAAUCCAUCAAAUUAUUUUAGAUGAGAGCUAAAAAAAGAGGUAAGACAAUCCCUUUCUCAAAGCAUUUGGUGGAAAACUCAAAAAACUAUUGGGAGAUUUUUGUAUUGUGGAUGACAUUAAGGAUUUGGAGAGUGCUUACACAAUGAUAAAGAGGUGGGAAAGAGAUCAAAUCUUCCAUCCUCAAUUUAUCCAAAAAUUGAGAUCGAUUCUCUAACCAAAAUAUGAUCAAUUAAAAUAACAAUAGGAAACCUUUAAUGCCCUAAAUUAGACAGAUGCAUCGGCAAAUAAAGUAUUACAACACAAUAUUCAAACAGUUUAAGUAUGGAAAUUAGUUUAUAAUAAUAGUAAAUCGAACAGUCACACAAAAUAUAUAAGCAUCUUCAAUAGUUAGCAGAUAUUGAUAGUAAGACUUUAGAAUUCAAUUGCAAUUAUGAUAAGUUUGAUGAGAAGACAACAUCAAAUUAGGACUUACAAGCUCUUAUUCAAGAAGGGGAAAUGUGCAGAGAGCAACUAAUCCAGAGCAUUAUUCACUUGUAGUAAUACUAUAUUGAAACGGCUAUCCAGGGAGAAAACUUGUAAUCUGAAUUUUACUAAGGAAUGUAAAAGAAGAUCGAUUAAUACAAGGAGAAGAAGAAAGAGUGGUGAAUAAUUAUAUUUUAAAUAGAUGUUAGAGUAACGAUUAAGAUCCAUCUCAGUUUAAAAUCAGCAAAACCCAUUGAUUGAUUGCUAUUUUAGAUCAGAAUGUUCUCCCGAGAGAUUGAAACGAAAAUCGCAGAAAUCCCAAUAAAGCAUAAUUUUAACUUCCCCUAUUCGAUGUAUAGAGAGGAACAACGCCGACGAUUUUGAGAUCUAUUUGGAUGGUAAUCAAACAGUGAAAGAGGGAUGGCUAUAUUAGAGUAAAAGAGUGUAUGUCCAGUUGACGAGGCAAUCGAUCAAGGAGUACAAUGACGAAUAAAAACAACAAUUCAUAAGAGUGUUGUCAUUGAAGGAAUUCGAGUUCGUAGUUGAAUAGGAGAGACAGUUGAUCAAGAUCACAUUCACUCAUCUCAAAUAAACCAUCCUAUAUUAAGCAAAGGAUGUUGUCGAAGCCAAGAUGUGGGUCAACAGUUUGAACGUUGUGUUUGACAAACAUAGAAACUACCCCAAAAAUAGACUACAAUUGCAAGAAGUGCCUAGGUAUUUGGGAGUCGAAGUGAUUUCUGAAGAGAGCUUUUUGAGGAUUGUUGAAUCAGGGGAUCUUUUACUUUUUGAAACCAAUAAUACAGGGGCCAAAUUGUAGAGAAUAUUCACAAAUACAAAAUAUGAUCAUGUUGCCAUUGCUAUCAAAAUGGCUAACAAAUAUCUAUUCAUUUUUGAUGCCAAUGCUGACACUGGAGUGACAUUUUUAGAAUGGUCAUAAUUCAUAGAAGUCAAUGAUUUAUAUGAAAAGUUGGCCAUUCGUAAAUUGAUGAAUGUCAAUAGAGCUGAAAUCGAAAAAAAAAUGAUUGAAUUUUUGUAACAAGUUCAUGGGAAGAAAUAUGAAGUGACAUUGAGCAAACUAUUCAGAUAAAAGAGUUAAAGUCCUUCCAAGAAAAAUGACACUUACUUUUGCUCAGAAUUAGUAGCCAAGGCCUAUAAGAAAUGUGGACUCCUGGAAUCAGAUAAGGCUUGCAGUUCCUUCUGGCCAGUUGAAUUCACUAAACCAUUGAAAUUUAGUAAAGAAGCUCUGAUUACUGAUGACAUCGUAGUUAUACUUAAAAAGCAUUUGGCUAUAAAAUCAUGA